GCCCGGGCUGCCCCGGCCCCGUGCGGCCGCAGUCGGCGGAGCACCGGAGGCGCGGCGCGGCACCGGAGAGCUGCAGCGCCGGCACGGAGGAGGCAGAGCCAUGGCAUCGCUGCCGUGCAACGCCCGCAUCCAGCUCACGGACACGCUGGAGCAGAUGCAGCAAGGGGCGUUGAUGCGCAAAGUCAAGUCCAAGAGCUGGAAGAAGCAGCGCUACUUCAAGCUGCAGGACGACUGCAUGACCAUCUGGUACCAGUCCAAGAGGACGGGCAAAACCGAGUCUGCUUUCUCCAUCAGCGACGUGGAGACGGUGCGGGAAGGGCACCAGUCGGAGGUGCUGCAGAGCCUGGCCGAGGAGUUCCCCCCCGAGCGCUGCUUCACCAUCGUCUUCUACGGCCGCCGGGGCAACCUGGACCUCAUCGCUGGCUCGGCAGAGGAGGCGCAGUGCUGGGUGCAGGGCCUGCGCCAGCUCAUCGAGGUGGCCACCAGCAUGGACCAGAGGGAGAGGAUGGACCAGUGGAUUCGUGACCGGUUCCAGAAGGCUGACAAGAACAAGGACGGGCGCAUGAACUUCAAGGAGGUGCAGCGUCUCCUCAAGAUGAUGAACGUGGACAUGAACGAGGACCAUGCCCUGCGGCUCUUCCAGGCUGCCGACAAGUCGGAGUCGGGGACGCUGGAAGGGGAAGAGUUCGUGCUCUUCUACAAAGCCCUCACGGAGCGCGAGGAGGUGCUGAGCCUCUUCCAGGCCUUCUCUGAGGACGGGAAGAAGCUGACGCUGCUGGAGCUGGUGGAUUUCCUGCGGCAGGAGCAGCUGGAGGACGAGGGCACGGAGGAGCUCGCCAUGGAGCUCAUCGACAAGUACGAGCCAUCGGAGACGGCCAGGGCUCGCCACGCGCUGAGUGCCGACGGGUUCCUCAUGUACCUCUGCUCCCCGGAGGGCUCCAUCUUCAACCCCCGGCACCAGGUGCUGUGGCAGGACAUGACCCAGCCGCUCUGCCACUACUUCAUCUCCUCCUCUCACAACACCUACCUGAUAGAGGACCAGAUCCGGGGCCAGAGCAGCAUCGAGGGCUACAUCAGGGCUCUGAAACGGGGCUGCCGCUGCCUGGAGGUGGACUGCUGGGACGGGCCGAACGGGGAGCCCAUGGUGUACCACGGCCACACCUUCACCUCCAAGAUCCCCUUCAGGGAGGUGGUGAGCACCCUGGGGAAGUACGCCUUCCAGGCCUCCGACUACCCGGUGAUCCUGUCCCUGGAGAACCACUGCAGCAUGGAGCAGCAAGAGGUGCUGGCCCAGCAGCUCAGGGACAUCCUGGGGGAGCAGCUCCUCACCGCCACCGUCGACGGGCGCGUCCCCACCCAGCUCCCGUCCCCGGAGGAGCUGAAGCACAAGAUCCUGCUGAAGGGGAAGAAGAUCGGGCGGCUGGAGGACGUGCUGGACGGGCCGGGGGACGAGGCACCCGACGUGUCCGACGAUGACAACGGGGCAGAGGCAGAGGAAGAGAAGAGGAGGAUGAAGAAGGACAAGGAGAGCCUGGCCCAGGCGUUGUCCGACUGCGUCGUCUACUGCAAGAGCGUGUCCUUCCGGGGCUUCCAGGAGGCACGCAGCCAUUCCCGGCCCUCCGAGAUCUCCUCCCUCGCCGAGGCCAAGGCCAGGAAGCUCAUCCGGGAUGCGGGGAACGACUUUGUCCGGCACAACGCCUGGCAGCUGACUCGCAUCUACCCCAGCGGGAUGCGGACCGACUCCUCCAACUACAGCCCGCAGGAGAUGUGGAACGCGGGGUGCCAGAUCGUGGCCCUGAACUUCCAGACGGCUGGCACGGAGAUGGACCUGUGUGACGGGCUCUUCAGCCAGAACGGCCGCUGUGGCUACGUGCUCAAACCGCCCUUCAUGAGGGACGAGGGGACCCUCUUCAACCCCGGUGAGCCCAGCACCCGGGAGGGCCCCGGCCCCGUCACCCUGACGAUCCAGGUGAUCAGCGGGCAGCAGCUGCCCAAAGUGGCCAACAGCAAGGACGGAGCCAUCAUCGACCCGCUGGUGCGCGUGGAGAUCCACGGGGUGCCCGCGGACCAGGCGCACCAGGAGACCAAGUACAUCGAGAACAACGGUGAGCCCCCCCCGCUGCACGGGGACCCGGCGCUGCCCUGUCCCUGCCCUCCAUCACCCCCCAGCACCCCCUCUCCCUCCCCAGGGUUUAACCCCCGCUGGGACGAGACCCUCCAGUUCCAGCUCCACGUGCCCGAGCUGGCCCUCGUCCGCUUCGUGGUGGAGGAUUACGACAAGACGUCCAGGAAUGACUUCGUGGGGCAGUUCACCCUAGCCUUUGCCAACAUCAAACCCGGCUACCGCCACAUCCACCUCCUCUCCAAGGACGGCACCGGCAUCCCGCCCUCCUCGCUCUUCGUCCACAUCCGCAUCACCGAGCCGCCCGGCCCCGAGCAGGACUGACCCGCGGGGCCAGUGGGACCCGGAUGGAAGCCAUAGGGCCGGCCCGGUUCUGGCCCCACGCGGCUGGGGCCACGGGGCUGAGCACACCACCCCCUAGUCGAUCCGUUUGUGUCGUCCCUGUGUCGUCGUCGCUGCUGUGCCCGUGUUUGGGGGCUGGGGAAAGGCACUGAUGUCUCCAUCAGUUUGGGAUGUCUCCCGCCCUCCCUUCCCAGGCACUUGUGCGGGGUCAGUGCUGGUGCGUGGCUCCCCCUGCGUACAGCUGGCCCCAGCGGGGCUCAGCCACGGGGAGGAGGAGAGCUGGUGCACGGCGCCCAGGCUCUGCCGGGGGGCUGGUCCCCCCACCCAGGGGAAGCCAAGCAAACCCCGGGGCUGGGCAGAGCUGGGAGAGGAGCCGGUGCUCGCUGCCCCCCACCCUGCAGCGCGCUCAGAGCCCCUGGCCCCCACAGCCCCAGGGGUGCUCCUGGCCAGCACCACGUUAUUAACCCUGGCCGUGUCCUUUCGAUGUAAGCAACCUAAUAAAUUGUUCAGUGGCAGGCAGA